GAAAAGCCUCUUCAAGAGACUUUGAACUCAAACUUUAAAGGAUUUUUUGUUCGCUAAAUAAAGACGAUCAUCGUCGGAUUUCUCGAGAGUUCCAACAUCAAAGAAAUAUUUGGAAUUUUCAGAUAAUUACCAGAAUGAUUCUUUGGGGACAACAUGGACUAAAAGGCUGAGAAGUUUCAAGAAGAACGGCGUUUUUGGAGUUUUUCUGUGUUUUUUGGCGUUUUUUCUGAUCUCUACUCGUGGACUUUGAGACGUCUCUCUCAAAGCGAAUUAAUGUCAACACACACGUUUUCUACUUUCAAGAAGAACAAUAGAUAAAGGUCAUCCGUAGGAUUCAAGGACGUCAGCAAGUCCACCGAAUUAUUCCUAGAGACGUGUGUUUCACGUUAUCCGUCGACCGAAUCUUUUUGUAUUCGGGUCGAAUUUGACCCAUUUUCAAAAAGUGUCUACAUCACAAUUUGUCUUUCUUUCAACCAAAUUUCCUAAAAAGAACAUGAAUGGAUCAAUAAAAAAGCUUUUAUCAAGGAAACUGAAGGAUCACUUCACUACUUUCAUUGAAUUUCGGGUGUUUUACUCAAUUUCAUAGCAUUUUUCUACUUCUUGUCGAAAAAUUACAAGUGAUAAUCAGUCGAACAGAAACCACGAGCGUCAGAAACGUUGACAAAAGCGACAAACCUGACACAAAUUCGACAAAUUAGUGCCAGAAUGUAGAAAGGUGUGCUGACGUUUCUUUUUCUUUAACACAAAGGUUAAGACGCUGAGAGAAGAACGCUGGUUUUUGGUUUUUUUGUUUAGUUAUUUGUUGCGUGUGCACGUUUCCACGCUGCAGAGGACUGUGUAAAAUAACGAGCGCGGUUCCCGGGUCUGUGCUUGUGGAUCAGAGAGUUAACGAUGAGAGAUCUGCUCCCGCUGCCGGGGAGGCAGCUUCCUCCUAACUCUUCCUCCUCCUCCUCCUCCUCAUCCUCUUCGUCGUCUUCCUCCUCUUCCUCCCCCGUCACCUCGUUCUCCAUCCACACAUCCAAAAAGUUCCCGUUCUUCCACGUCAUUAAAUGCUGCAGGUACGAGGCGGAGAACGCCUUCUUCUCUGGCCUGAAGCUGAAGGACUUCAACAUCAUCGACACGCUCGGAGUCGGAGGCUUCGGACGCGUCGAGCUGGUGCAGCUGAAGAGCGACGCGGCGAGGACGUUUGCGAUGAAGAUCCUGAAGAAGCGUCACAUCGUGGAGACGCGGCAGCAGGAGCACAUCCGCUCGGAGAAAACCAUCAUGGCCGACGCCCACUGCGACUUCAUCGUCAG